UUUUUUUUUUUUUUUUUGGGUUCACCGUGCUUCAUCUUUACCGACCUGAUUCACCGACACGAAUAUCGAUAUCAGAUUGUUUUGGAAGAGGAAUCACUUUUUGGAUAUCAGAGUGUCGGCAAAGGGAGUCUUGCGGUCUCUACAUCAACCAGCCACCACGGCUUCGAUACCCUCGAGCCUUUCACCGAGUGUUGACGAGUCGCAGGUCGACAUUCAUCAACUUCCGAAACUCAUUUGUGUUAUUGAGGGCGGAUUGAGCGGAGGGGGGAUCUAGCGGUCGCCAACAUGAGUCUCCUCGUACUGCUGAAGAAGCAGCUUACGCCAACUAAGCUGCUUUUCCAUGUUCUCUUCUGGACAUUUCACUGGGGAAUCUUCGCUUAUGGAUGGUGGAAGCAAGCAUCUGAUGCUCGCCUAGCCGGUCUCAACAAAUUACAGUACUCGGUCUGGUUCUCUCGAGGUGCCGGUCUAGUGUUGAGUGUAGAUGCCAUGCUCAUCUUGUUGCCAGUCUGCAGAACCAUCAUGAGGUUCAUCCGACCCAAGAUUAGAUUCAUCCCACUUGAUGAGAAUAUCUGGAUGCAUAGACAGCUUGCUUACGCUAUGCUUCUCUUUACCGUCAUCCACACCGCAUCUCAUUACGUCAACUUCUACAACGUUGAAAAGACACAGAUCCGACCCGUAUCGGCAGUCCAGAUUCACUACGCCCAGCCUGGCGGUAUCACCGGCCAUGUCAUGCUCCUUUGCAUGCUUCUGAUGUACACGACAGCCCACCACCGCAUCAGACAGCAAUCCUUCGAGACCUUUUGGUACACUCACCACCUCUUCAUCCCCUUCUUCCUGGCCCUGUACACCCACACAGUUGGCUGCUUCGUCCGCGACACUGCCAACAGCUUCUCGCCCUUUGACGGUAAGCAGUACUGGGAGCACUGCAUCGGCUACCUCGGCUGGCGCUGGGAGCUUUGGACAGGCGGCUUUUACCUCCUCGAGCGCCUGUAUCGCGAGAUCCGUGCUAUUCGUGAAACCAAGAUUACCCGUGUGGUCCGCCACCCUUACGACGUCGUCGAGAUCCAGUUUCACAAGCCCUCAUUCAAGUACAAGGCCGGCCAGUGGCUCUUUUUGCAGAUGCCCCAAGUCUCCAAGUACCAAUGGCACCCCUUCACCAUCACAUCGUGCCCGUACGAUCCUUACGUCUCCGUGCACAUCCGCCAAGUCGGUGACUUCACCAAGGAACUCGCCAAUUCCAUCGGCGCCGGCCCUGCCCAAGCUAAGCUCUACGACGGCGUCGACCCCAAUGGCAUGUACGAAGUCGCCCUGAUGAACGGCGACCACCUUCCCCCUCUCCGCAUCGAUGGGCCCUACGGUGCGCCUGCCGAAGACGUCUUUGAGAACGAGAUCGCCGUGCUGAUCGGUACGGGUAUUGGCGUUACCCCCUGGGCCUCCAUCCUCAAGAACAUCUGGCAUCUGCGCAACGGGCCAAACCCGCCUACACGUCUGCGCCGUGUCGAGUUCAUCUGGGUGUGCAAAGAUACCUCUUCGUUCGAGUGGUUCCAGAUUUUGCUGAGUUCGCUGGAGCAGCAGUCGAGCGAGGCAGCCCGGAUCCCCGGAUCAAGCGGAAUAGAGUUUCUUAAGAUUCAUACGUACCUCACGCAGAAGCUGGACAUGGAUACCACGCAGAAUAUCGUGCUGAAUAGUGUCGGUGCCGAAGUGGAUCCACUGACGGAGCUCAAGGCGAGGACGAAUUUUGGUCGGCCCAACUUCCAAAGGUUCUUUGAGAGCAUGCGGAAUGGUAUUUUGGAUCGGACGUAUUUGAAUGGAUUGGAGGGCAAUAUGCGGACGACGGUGGGAGUGUAUUUCUGUGGGCCUAGUGCUGCUGCCCGUGAUAUCCAAAAGGCGGCUAAGACGGCGACGACUCGUGAGGUCAAUUUUAGGUUCUGGAAGGAACACUUUUAAGUUAUUCUUUUUGACUUUAUACACAUAUACCGUACACCUGUACAUGUAUAUAAUUCUUGGAUCGAUACCUACAGUUUCCCUUUUGGCUGUUAUCAUGUCAUUACCGUGAAGUGUUGGGAUACCUCUUUGGCAUAGCAUUGAUCAUCAUUAUCAUCCAUUUCAUAUUCAUCAGUGAAGUUUGCUAGUCAGAGAGGAGUGUAGUGCGAACGAAGGCAUGAAUUGGUGAUUGAUUGCGAAUAACAUUAGUUGUGACUUCUCCCCAGUCAACUUAUGGUACCUCGUCGUUGCUGUAGAGGUAUCAAAAACCGAGAAGUCCUCGUCUCGUGAAGUGGCCGAGCUAAGCAAGCAAAUAGUCAGUCACAGUCCAGAUUGAAUCUGAUGAAACAUAAUGUUAGCCUUCAAAGCACAGAAACUCU